UUCAUCAUCAUCAUCAUCCAAACCACUCCAUGUUGAAACUUUCUUCUUCUUCUGCAGCUGCUACAGCUUCUUCUUCUGGUGGUUCUCCACCUCCUCCACCCAAUUCUGACCAUGGGGUCACCAGUAAAAGAAAGAGAAGACCAGCAGGAACCCCAGAUCCAGAUGCUGAAGUGGUUUCCUUAUCGCCAAAAACCCUUUUGGAAUCGGAUCGGUAUGUUUGUGAAAUAUGCAACCAAGGGUUCCAAAGGGAUCAGAAUCUUCAAAUGCACCGCCGCCGCCACAAGGUGCCGUGGAAGCUACUCAAGAGAGCGGAGACGGCGGAGGCAGUCAAGAAAAAGGUGUUCGUUUGUCCUGAACCCACUUGUCUCCACCAUGACCCUCGCCAUGCCCUUGGUGACCUCGUCGGUAUCAAAAAACACUUCCGGAGAAAGCAUAGCAAUCAAAAGCAUUGGGUUUGUGACAAAUGCUCUAAGGCUUAUGCUGUUCAUUCUGAUUUCAAAGCUCAUCUCAAAACUUGUGGCACUCGUGGCCACUCUUGUGAUUGUGGCCGUGUCUUUUCUAGAGUGGAGAGCUUCAUAGAACAUCAAGAUGCUUGUAAUCUCCGGCAGCUGAGGUCCGAUGCACCGCCGCCGUUGCUACCACCGCCAUUACUACAACCCUACUCACGAUCGAUUUCUUACACCGGCGCCUCGACCAGCACCGAUCAUAGCUUUCAAAUGGCUACACCAUUACGAGGGUUUCCAAUUUUAUCAUCGAACUUAGAUCGAAACAUCAACAUUAAUUUCCCGAAUCACCAUGAUCUCGAGCUUCAUCUUUCAUCUCCAAGCUCGGCGUUUCUUAAACUCUCAAUUGGGUCAAACAAGGAGGCGAAGGAAGAGCGUCAGCUCGAUUUGGCGAUCGCCGAGAAAGCUUACGCAGAAGAAGCACGACGAGAGGCGAAACGACAGAUCGAGAUCGCCGAGGUCGAGUUCGCAAAUGCGAAAAUGAUACGACAACAAGCUCAAGCAGAGUUGGAAAAAGCUAGGAUCUUGAAGGAAGAAGCCACAAGGAAAAUGAGCUCCACCAUUAUGGAAAUCACUUGCCAAACUUGUCGGCUACACUUCCAUAUGAGCUCCGUUACACCGGAGGAGACCUCAUUGGCCAUUAGCUACAUGUCAUCCGCUACAACAGAAGGUGAUGGAGAGUGAAAAAAAAAAAAAAAAAAAAAAAAAAAA